GUUUUUAAAAAAAUCUGCCUUUAUAUUUAAUAAUAAAACAGUAAAACAUCUAUAAUCCUGGUUUAUGGGAUGAAGGUCAGGCUUGAUGAUGAUGAAGAUGCUUCUUCCCAGGUCAUUAACCAACCUGUUGACGCUGACAGAUGUCAGCAGAGACGCAGCGUCUUCAGACGAGCUGCACCCCGUACAGAGCCCCCAUCUGCGGGGUGGAGGAGCCAGAAACGAUCGACUCCCGCCCGCUGCUCCGCGGAGGUGCAGACAUCAUUUCGCUCUCCCCCUUUUUCCUCCUCCUCCUCCUGCCGCCGCUCUCUCUCCCUCUCAGUUCCCACAGCCGCCGAUCGACACUUGCAGCCAUUUUACGCAGGAUGAACCCAAUCAUGUGCUGAGGAGGGAAGCGGGGGAGGAAGGCUGUGCGGAUCACCUGGACGGAACCAGGAGCCGCAGAAGCAGCGGGAGCGCCAGCCGCGGCUCCCGGUCAGCCAGCAGCACCGGUCCGGGGACAACAUGGUGAAGAGGAAGAGCCUGGACGAAAACGAGCCGGAAUGCGGGAAGGGAGUCCCGUUCCCCAUCCAGACCUUCCUCUGGAGGCAGACCAGCGCUUUCCUGCGGCCGAAGUUGGGGAAACAGUAUGAAGCGUCCUGCGUGUCCUUUGAGCGGGUCCUGGUGGAGAACAAGCUGCAUGGCCUGUCUCCCGCCCUGUCCGAGGCCAUCCAGAGCAUCUCCCGCUGGGAUCUGGUCCAGGCUGCGCUGCCCCACGUCCUGCACUGCACCUCCAUCCUGCUGUCCAACAGGAACAAGCUGGGCCACCAGGACAAGCUGGGAGUGGCGGAGACUAAGCUGCUGCACACGCUGCACUGGAUGCUGCUGGACGCCGCACAGGAGUGCAACCAGGAGGCGUUGGGCAACCAGGGCUGGUCCCGGGGCGGCAGCAGCAGCAGCGCCUUCCUCCAGCCGGUGGGGAACCAGGGCUCCUCGCCGGGUGCCCCCAGCUCGGGCUCCGGCUCGGGGCCGCAGCACGGCAGCUCCCUGCUGGAGGACGACGAGAACGCGCGGGCGAAGCUGUUCCACAAGAGCAUGGCCACCGUGGAGCUGUUCGUGUUCCUGUUCGCGCCACUCAUCCACCGCAUCAAGGAGUCGGAUCUGACCUUCAGGCUGGCCAGCGGCCUGGUGAUCUGGCAGCCAAUGUGGGAGCACCGGCAGCCCGACAUCCCGGCCUUCACCGUCCUGAUCAAACCGGUCCGGAACAUCGUGACUGCUAAGAGAAACUCCCCAGUCAACAACCAGUGCAGCCCCCAGGGGUCUGCCAACCAGAGUCCCCUGGGCUUCCAGGUGGUCUGUGAAGCCGGCCAAUCAGAUUCCUCCUCCCCUGCAGCAGGUGAGCAGAGCUGUCGCCGUGCCAACUCGGUGGAGAAGGGAGGGACAUCCCAGCAGCCCCCGGCGGCCAAGGGGCCCUCCAAGAAAAAGACGUCAGCUCCCGCCGGUCUGCCGGUGUCUCUGGCGCACCGCGCCCGCUACGCCACCUACUUCGACGUGGCGGUGCUGCGCUGCCUGCUGCAGCCCAACUGGACGGAGGAGGGCGUGCACUGGGCCCUGAUGUACUACCUGCAGCGCCUGAGGCAGAUCAUGGAGGAGCGACCGGAACGCAACCCGGAACCCCUGGUCGCCCCGCUGCCCCGCCCUCGCAGCAGCUCCAUGGUGGCUGCCACACCCUCGCUGGUCAACACCCACAAGACCCAGGAUAUGAGUCUGAAGUGCAACGAAGAGGGCAAAUCUCUGAGCACUGAGACCUUUGCCAAGGUUUCGCUCACCAACCUGCGCCGACAGGCUGUCCCUGACCUGUCCUCUGACCUGGGCAUGAACAUCUUCAAGAAGUUCAAGAACCGGCGGGAGGACCGGGAGAGGAAGGGCUCCAUUCCCUUCCAUCACGCCGGAAAGAAGCGGCAGCGGCGCAUGGGCGUCCCCUUCCUGCUGCACGAUGACCACCUGGACGUCUCGCCCACACGCAGCACCUUCUCCUUCGGAAGCUUCUCGGGCCUGGGCGACGAGCGGCGGGCUCUGGACCGCGGCGGCUGGCAGGCCACCAUCAUGGGUAAAUUCACACGCAGAGGCAGCACAGACACAGCUGCCGACGCCGACAGCCUGAGCGCCAAGCACUCCCACUCCCACCACUCCCUGCUCAGAGACAUGCCCGACCACUCCAACAGCCACAGCGACAACACGGUGAAGGAAGUGCGAUCUCAGAUCUCCACCAUCACCAUGGCGGCGUUCAACACCACGGUGGCCUCCUUCAACGUGGGCUACGCCGACUUCUUCACCGAGCACAUGAAGAAGCUGUGCAACCCGUCCGUUGCGCCCGAAAUCCCCGUGGAGUCGCUGGCCUGCACCAACCUGCCCCGCAGCCUCACCGACUCCUGCAUCAACUACUCCUGCCUGGAGGAGGGCGAGAACAUCGAGGGCACCAACAACUUUGUGCUGAAGAACGGCAUGCUGGACCUAACAGCUGUGCUGCGGGCGCUCCACGCCGUUCUCGCCCACGACAUCAGCUCCAGGAUCUGCGAUGUGGCGCUCAACAUCAUCGACUGCCUGCUGCAGCUGGGCGUCGUCCCCGACAUGGGCAAGAAGCUGUCCAAGCCGGACAACAAGGAGAACCAGGAGGCCCGGGCCAAAGACCCGGCCGGUGGCGCCCAGGGCUGCGGUCCUCUUCCAGGAGCCGGCGGGGGUGGAGACGGAGGUGGAGGAGGGGGGAGCGGCGGAGGCAGUGGGCAGGGGAGCAAGGAUGACGUCAAGAAUAACAAAGAGAAUGACAAAAAAGAGGAAGAGAGUUCUGGUUUCAGCACCCACCGCCUGGCUCUCACCAUGCUGAUUAAGAUAGUUAAGUCUCUGGGCUGCGCUUACGGCUGCGGGGAGGGCCACCGAGGACUGUCAGGAGACCGCCUCAGGAUGCAGGCCCAGAAUUGUCUGACUAAUCUGUAUAAGCUGGACAAAGUGCAGUUUCGCCAAACAAUGCGCGAGUAUGUCAACAAAGACUCCCUCAAUAACAUUGUGGACUUCCUGCACGCACUGCUGGGCUUCUGCAUGGAGCCCAUUACUGACAACAAGGCGGGCUUCGGCAACAACUUCGCCACGGGGGACAACAAGUCGCUGGCGCAGAACAUGGAGGCAGUGGUGGUGGGCUGCAUGUUCAAGUCCCUCAUCACCCGCUGUGCCUCGACCACGCACGAGCUGCACAGCCCAGAAAACCUGGGUCUGUACUGCGACAUCCGCCAGCUGGUACAGUUUAUAAAAGAGGCCCAUGGAAACGUGUUCCGCAGGGUGGCGCUGAGCGCGCUCCUGGACAGCGCCGAGAAGGUGACUGCCACCAAGAAACCCGACGAGAAGGACGACGGCAAACAGUUCGGGCCAAGAAGGUCUGAGGUGGGUGUGUCCGGGGAGAAGGGUCAGGUGUCCAGUGCUGCAGAUGAGUGUCGCAGCUGCAUCUCCAGUAGACCCCCCCAGACCCCUGAACACGAUGAACAGAUCCCGGGCGCUCUGCUUGGCAGGAAGGACUUCUGGAGGAAGAUGUUUAAGUCCCAAAGUGCCGCCAGCGACACCAGCAGCCAAUCAGAGCAGGACACCUCGGAGUGCACCACCGCACACUCCGGUACCACCACCGACCGACGCUCCCGAUCCAGAUCCCGACGCAUCUCGCUCCGCAAGAAACUUAAACUACCGAUUGCAUGCCGUAGGACCGCCCGCCUCCCCAUCACUCACUCUGUCCUACGAAACUGGCUGAAGCGCUCCUCCCUGUCUGGGCUGACCGACGGCGUGGAGGACCUGCUGGACAUCAGCUCAGUGGACCGGCUCUCCUUCAUCCGUCAGAGUUCAAAGGUGAAGUUCACGAGUGCGGUGAAGCUGUCUGAAGGGGGCGCUGUGGGGCCGGAGUACGGCAGGGACGAGGAGGAGAAUUUCUUCAAGCGGCUCGGACCGCAUGGUUUCCAGGAGCGCUUAGCGGCCAGUCAGGAGGCCAUGAAGAACAAGAACGUGGUCAACCUGGGCGCCAUCCGGCAGGGGAUGAAGCGCUUCCAGUUCCUCCUCAACUGCUGCGAGCCGGGAACCAUUCCUGACGCCUCCAUCCUUGCUGCCGCUCUAGACUUGGAGGCUCCAGUUGUGGCCCGCGCUUCCCUGUUCCUGGAGUGCGCCAGGUUCGUCCACCGCUGCAACCGUGGCAACUGGCCAGAGUGGAUGAAGGGCCACCAUGUCAACAUCACCAAGAAGGGCCUGUCCAGAGGCCGCUCGCCAAUAGUGGGCAACAAGAGGAACCAGAAGCUGCAGUGGAACGCUGCCAAGCAUUUCUGCCAGUGGGGAGAUGCCAUCGGCACCAGGCUCAGUGAGCUCUGCCACUCAGACAGCGAGAGCCCCGCCAACAUCCUGGGCUACGUCUACGACGAAGAGACCAAACGCAGAAUGAGGAAGGAAGAUGAGGAGGAGGACUACUUAGAGGACAACACGGUGAACCCUACGAAGUGCGGCUGCCCUUUUGCCCUGAAGAUGGCCGCCUGCCAGCUGCUGCUAGAGAUCACCACCUUCCUGCGGGAGACGUUCCCCUGCUUGCCUCGCCCUCGGACCGAGCCACUGGUGGACCUGGACAGCUGCCGGCUGCGCCUGGACCCGGAGCUGGGCCGCCAUCGCUACGAGAGGAAGAUCAGCUUCGCCGGCAUCCUGGACGACGAGGACGGCCACGACUCCCUGAACAGCAGCAGCCACACGCUGAAGUCUGACACCGCGGGGGAGGAGAAGAAGCCCCAGGAGGCUCAGGCUCCUGUCAGGAAGAUCCGCAUCGGAGGCUCCCGGCUGCUGCAGAUCAAAGGCGCCCGCAGCUUCCGUGUGAAGAAGGGCGGCUCGCUGUCUUCCAUCCGCCGGGCGGGGAGCCUGAAGAGCACCAAGCUGUCCCGGCAGGAUUCCGAGUCCGAGAACGAGGAGGGGCUGCUUUCCCAGACCCAGAGCAGGGACACCGUCACCGACAUCGGAAGUCCCUUCAGCACCAGUGAGCCCAGCAUUGAGCCUGAGGGCCAGGGAUCAGGAGGAGCUGAAGACAACUACCACCGCAACAUGUCCUGGCUCCACAUUAUGAUCCUGCUGUGCAACCAGCAGAGCUUCAUCUGCACACACAUUGACUUCUGCCACCCGCGCUGCUACCAGCACCACGGCCGCUCCUGUGCCCGCCUCGUCCGCGCCAUCAAGCUGGUCUACGGCGAGUCGGUGGACAGCCUGAGGGAGGACAGCGCCUCUGGUAACGUCGGAGGACGCGCAAAGAAGCACAAGGAGUGUUCAGAUAAAUCCUGCCUGAGAACUCCGUCCAUGAAGAGGAAACCGACCGACUCCAAUGCAGAAGGGAAGAAAGACACUGGCAUGCUCAAGUACAUCCGCAACCAGGUGAUGAGUUUGUCCCCGGCUCCUCUGUCGCUGCUGAUCAAGGCCGCCCCCAUCCUCACCGAUGACAUGUACGGAGACAUCCAGCCCGCCGCCUGGGAGCUGCUGCUCAGCGUGGACGAACACAUGGCAGCCGCCGCUGCCGCCAUGUUUCUCCUUUGUGCCGUCAAAGUCCCCGACGCCGUGACCGAGAUGAUGACGGCAGAGUUCCAGCACCAGGAGGCCUGCCAGCGCAUCAACUCCAUUUUGAAGUUCUACACUCUGUGGCGUUUUCGCUACCAGGUGUGGCCGCGCAUGGAGGAGGGAGCCCAGCAGAUCUUCAAAAUCCCUCCGCCCAGCAUCAACUUCACCCUGCCGUCCCCCAUCCUGGGCAUGCCCUGCGUCCCCAUCUUCGACCCGCCCUGGGUGCCGCAGACCACCGGCAGCGUCCAGGACCCCAUAAACGAAGACCAGUCUAAAUCGUUCUCUGCUCGGGCCGUGUCGCGCUCACACCAGCGGGCCGAGCACAUCCUGAAGAACCUCCAGCAGGAGGAGGAGAAGCGGCGGCUGGGCCGCGAGGCCAGCAUCAUCACGGCCAUCCCCGUGGCCCAGGAGGCCUGCUACGAGCCCACCUGCAGCCCCCCGCCGGAGCAGGAGGAGGAAGCAGAAGAAGUGGUGAACCUGGCGUCCCGCCGCCUCUCCGUCAGCCCGUCCUGCGCCUCCAGCAACUCCCACAGGAACUACUCAUUCCGCCGAGGCUCCGUCUGGUCCGUCCGCUCCAUGGCCAGCGCUGAAGAUGAAGAAAACGCAACUGAUCACACUCCCACACACCACAUGCUUCAGCCUCCUCAAGCUGUCUUCCCAGCAUGCAUCUGUGCUGCAGUCUUACCAAUAGUCCACCUCAUGGAAGAUGGAGAAGUCAGAGAGGACGGUGUGGCUGUGAGUGCUGUUGCACAGCAGAUCCUCUGGAACUGCCUUAUUGAAGAUCCCGCUCUGGUUCUCCGCCACUUCCUGGAAAAACUCACCGUGAGCAACAGACAGGAUGAGCUGAUCUACAUGCUGAGGAAGCUGCUGCUGAACAUCGGCGAUCUGCCCGCUCAGACCUCCCACAUCCUCUUUAACUACCUGGUGGGGCUGAUCAUGUACUUUGUGCGGACGCCGUGCGAGUGGGGCAUGGACGCCAUCUCGGCCACGCUGACCUUCCUGUGGGAGGUGGUGGGCUACGUGGAGGGGCUCUUCUUCAAAGACCUGAAGCAGACCAUGAAGAAGGAGCAGUGUGAGGUCAAGCUGCUGGUCACCGCCUCCAUGCCAGGAACCAAAACGCUGGUGGUGCACGGCCAGAACGAGUGCGACAUCCCCACCCAGCUGCCGGUCCAUGAAGACACCCAGUUUGACGCUCUGCUGAAGGAGUGUCUUGAGUUCUUCAACAUUCCUGAGGCCAGAUCGGCUCACUACUUCCUCAUGGACAAGAGAUGGAACCUCAUUCACUACAACAAGACCUACGUCAGGGACAUCUACCCGUUCCGGCGCUCCGUCUCCCCUCAGCUCAACCUGGUCCACAUGCUGCCUGAGAAAGGACAGGAGCUGAUCCAGAAACAGGUGUUCACCCGGAAGCUGGAGGAGGUCGGCCGGGUUCUGUUUCUGAUCUCGCUGACCCAGCGCAUGCCGGCGGUGCACAAGCAGUCCCACGUGUCGCUGCUGCAGGAGGACCUGCUGCGCCUGCCCUCCUUCCCCCGCACCGCCAUCGACGCAGAGUUCUCCCUCUUCAACGAGCCUCAGGGUAAGGAGCUGUUCGGGCUGGACACCCUCCACAAGGUGCUGUGGAUCAAGCUGCUGGAGGAGAUGUUCCUGGGCAUGCCCAGUGAGUACCCCUGGGGGGACGAGAUGAUGCUGUUCCUCAACGUGUUCAACGGGGCGCUGCUGCUGCACCCCGAGGACAGCUCGCUGCUGCGCCAGUACACCGCCACCGCCAUCAACACGGCCGUCCACUUCAACCACCUGUUCUCGCUGAGUGGCUACCAGUGGAUCCUGCCCACCAUGCUGCAGGUCUACGCGGAUUAUGAGAGCAACCCGUUGCUGCGGCAGGGCAUUGAGUUCUGCUGCCGGCAGUUCUACGUCCUCCACCGAAAGCCCUUCAUCCUCCAGCUGUUUGCCAGCGUCGCACCCCUGCUGGAGUUUACCACCAGCACCAGCACCGGCCUGUCUAAAGGCGUGUCGGCCCAGUGUCUGUUCGACCUGCUGGUGUCUCUAGAGGGGGAGACGCAGGACGCUCUGGACGCUCUGGAGCUGGUCCGGGCAGAGAAACCGCUGCGCUCUCUGGACUUCUGCUACGGUAAUGAAGACCUGGCCUUCUCCAUCAGUGAGGCCAUCAAGCUGUGUGUGACGGUGGUCGCCUACGCGCCGGAGUCCUUCAGGAGCCUUCAGAUGCUGAUGGUGCUGGAAGCGCUGGUUCCCUGCUUCCUUCAGAAGCUCAAGAGCAACACGGCGACAAUGGAGUCUACGUCCGCGGCCAGGGACGAGAUCGCUGCCAUUGCUGCCAUGGCAACAUCCCUGCAGGCCCUGCUGUACAGCUCAGAGACCCUCACCAGACCAAUGACCGCCCCGCAGAUGUCCCGCUGUGACCAGGGACACAAGGGGGGCACCACCGCCAACCACGCCAUGUCCGGAGGCGUCAACACCAGGGACAACCUACACCUGCUGGAGGAGGGCCAAGGCAUGCCGAGGGAGGAGCUGGACGAGCGCCUUGCUAGGGAGGAGUUUCGCCGCCCACGAGAGUCCCUCCUAAACAUUUGCACCGAGUUCUACAAACACUGCGGACCGCGCCUCAAGAUCCUCCAGAAUAUUGCUGGAGAGCCGCGCGUCACUGCCCUGGAGCUGCUGGACAUCAAGUCCCACAUGAGGCUAGCGGAGAUCGCCCAUGCCCUGCUCAAGCUGGCGCCCUACGACACCCUGACCAUGGAGAGCCGAGGCCUCCGGCGCUACAUCAUGGAGAUGCUGCCCAUCACCGACUGGUCGUCUGAAGCUGUGCGCCCCGCCCUCAUCCUCAUCCUCAAGAGGCUGGACCGCAUGUUCAACAAGAUCCACAAGAUGCCCACGCUCAGGAGACAAGUGGAAUGGGAGGCGGCCAGUAAUCUGAUUGAGGGGAUCUGUCUGACCCUCCAGCGCCAGCCUAUCAUCUCCUUCCUCCCACACCUUCGGUCGCUGAUCAACGUCUGCGUCAACCUGGUGAUGGGCGUGGUCGGCCCCUCCAGCGUGGCGGACGGCCUGCCGCUCCUCCACCUCAGCCCGUACCUCUCUCCUCCGCUUCCCUUCAGCACGGCCGUUGUCCGCCUGGUGGCUCUGCAAAUUCAGGCCUUGAAGGACGACUUCCCUCUCAGUCAUGUGAUCUCACCGUUCACCAAUCAGGAGAGGCGAGAGGGGAUGCUGCUCAACCUGCUCAUUCCUUUCGUUCUGACGGUGGGCUCUGGAAGCAAAGACAGCCCCCACCUUGAGCAGCCGGAGAUAUUCCUGCUCCUCCAGACGGUCAUCAACAUCCUGCUGCCCCCUCGGAUCAUCUCCACCUCCCGCACCAAGAACUUCAUGCUGGACGCAUCUCCGGCUCACUGCUCCACGCCCGGAGACACGGGGAAGGACCUGCGCAGGGAGGGCCUGGCAGAGUCCACCAGCCAGGCGGCAUACCUCGCUCUCAAGGUGGUGUUGGUUUGCUUUGAGCGCUCGUUGGGAAACCAAUGGUACCGCCUGAGUCUGCAGGUUAAAGAGAUGGCUCUGAGGAAGGUGGGAGGCUUGGCUUUCUGGGACUUCAUCGACUUCAUUGUGCGAACCCGCAUCCCUAUUUUUGUCCUCCUGAGACCCUUCAUACAAUGCAAGUUGCUGACCCAGCCGGCUGACUCCCAGGAGGAGAUCACGGCGCGGCACCACAUCGCCGACCAGCUGGAGCGCCGCUUCAUCCCCAGGCCUCUCUGCAAGAGCUCGCUGUUUGCAGAGUUCAACAACGAACUCAAGAUCCUCAAAGAGGCAGUCCACAGCGGCUCUGCAUACCAAGGGAAGACAUCAAUCAGCACAGUCGGCACCUCCACGUCGGCCUACCGGCUCAGUCUGGCCACAAUGUCGCGCUCCAACACAGGAACCGGCACCGUGUGGGAGCAGGAGAGCCAGCCGUCACGGCAGCCGUCGCAGGACACACUGAGCCGCACCGAUGAGGACGACGAAGAGAAUGACUCCAUGAGCAUUCCCAGCGUUGUGAGCGAACACGAGGCCUUCCUCCCCAUAGUGAUGUCACAGCGGCGUUUCUCCAGCCACAUCACCGGCUCAGCGGCCGCGCAGCCUGAGAAUCCCCGCACCACCAUGCUGCCCAGCCAAAGUGAACCCAAUGUGCUAGAUGAGUGCCAGGGCCUUCUGCAGGAGGGUAACCUCUCUAGGGUUGCCAGCGUGCAAAGUGAGCCUGGCCAGCAGAACCUCCUGAUCCAGCCGCCGUUGGGAAGAAAGCGUGGACUCAGACAGCUGCGACGCCCCCUGCUGUCCAUUCCAAAGACUGAACCGCGAGGCCGUUCGGGAGCCAGACUCUCCACCACUCGAAGGAGCAUCCAGCCCAAGAACAAACCUCUGGAAACUUUAUUGGACUGUGAAGGUGAGACCCAGCCGUUAACCCCUUUCUCUCCACCCUGCAACGGGCCGCCCCCUUUAUAUCUGCAACCUUAUCCAGUAGGGCGCUCUGCAUGUCUGUCUUGCUCCCCACCCAGUAUUCCCCCCCGCACCUUGCCCCUCAAAUUCCCCCCCUUGCACGGAGACCAGAAGAGGUCUGUGACCUUCACUGAGACUCAAGGUCAACAGGGGGCUCCGGGCGCCACGGAGCCCUCAGGUGAGGGCAGGAAGGCCAGUCCGGCUCCGUCCAAGUCCCCCACCCUGGAGGUGCCGUCUGCCACCGUCACAGCCGACCUGCACGGGUCGGCCAGCAUCCAGGUUCCCGCCGCCCUGAGCAGCAAGGAGAGGAGGGAGCAGUGGGGGCUCCGCAGCAGCCUGUCCCCCCCACCCUCUAUCUCCCGCCCGUCCACCCCCACUCCCCCAUCCCGGACCUGCUCACCCCUCCCCCUGUCCCGCACCUCCUCACCUCUCCCUCCCCCUUUGCCGGUGCUGAGCGUGGCCCCCGCCCCGGGUCCCCCUCCGCCGCCACCACUGCCCCCAGCGUCCAGCAUCAGGGACAGCCCCGGGGACGAGGACACGGCGGCGCUGCUGCCCCGCGGAGACGCCCUGCUGCGGCUGAGCGAGGACGACGGCACAGAGAACCCGCUGCUGGCCCCACUGCUAGGCCCCGCCUCCCCCCGCCGCUCGCCACGCCGCUUCCCACUCCCUCUGUCUCCUGUCGACCUGGACCUGGAUGAGUCCCACGUGUGACAGCAGAAGAAGAGUUUCAUCCUAGUUCAGCUCCACCAGAGUUUUAUUAUCAUUACAACUAUUUCGUUCAUAAAUUCAGAGAUUUAUUUUUAAACUAUAUUUUCAGCCUCAUAUUUAUCAGUCUUAAAUAUUAAAGCUUCUAACAGACAUUUAUAGCAAAAGAAGGAACCCUAUCAUAUUCACAUUCACCACGCCCUCUACAUUUACUGGCACCAUGGUCUAAAGUGUCACUCUAAUGCUGGUUGUUGCAUAUUUUACACGUACCAGAAGGUGUAUAGUUAACACUCUGCUGCCACACAGAGGUUGAAAUUAUACCAGCUAAACCUAAUUUUAGAGAUGUUCAUAAUGAAAUUUUAAUGAUUCGCUUUUGAUAUCAGUCAGCUUGGCAGCAUAAACAACAAUAAUAGAGGCCCGCAGCAUCACAGCUCUUCUACCUUGCUUCACAUUGUCCCAGUUCAGGCUAGUAAACUCCACGUUUACAUUUGUGAUGGUAGGACAGAAAGGGCUCCCCUCCCCCCUUUCACCACAGGUCGUCAAUACGAAGAGAGCAGGUAACAGUUGUCAUGGAAACGGGUUGUGUAGUCUUAGCACAACUUGUAAAUGUUUAAUAAGUGGAUAUUUGGAUAGAAGAAAGAAAACUUGUGAUUAUUCCUUCUGAGUUCCACUUUGAAGAGUGUCUGGCCUCGGUGUCUCAUCAUCUUUAUUUCCCAGGGAAACAGGAAGUCACAGUUUUCAUAGGGAAUUUAAAGGCUGGAGCGCAGGGAAGAUCCUUUCACAGUGAAAAUAUGUGGAGCUAGCUGAGUUGUACUUUAACUAGGACUGUCUCCAUACACCUUUGCUCAUACUGACUACAAUGAAGCUUUGCCAAAACAAAAAGCUAGCUGCAAACAAAAAGAAAAAAAAAUCAUAUGCAGAAAAUCAGCCCACUGUUAGGUACUGUGUCUUUGUACCAAUCUUCACCGGAUUGACCUGUAACUGUAGAGGGCGCUGUCUCUAAAAGCCAUUUUAAAGCUAAUAAAAAGAAUUUAGUCUUUUUUAUUAUGUGGCAUAAGAACAUAUAUUGAGCAUUUAUUUAAUAGAGAGUGAAAAUGUAUUCAUAUGUAUUUGUUUGUCAGUGACUUUAGUCAUACAAAUGUCUAUUUUAAGCCAUCAGGAGCCAACAGAUGAUGGAAAACAAAAAGCGGAGAAGCUUUAACAGCUGGCCCAUUGUUCAGAGAAAAGCAAUAUUUAAUCAGUGCCCCUUUAAAUUAGAUUUAUUGUGUUUUGACUGUGUUCUAAUAGUAAAACAAUAGAAACACACCCGUAGAUUAUCUAGUUAGCUUGUUUGUUGCGCUGCUACGUGUCGAGUUUCUCUUCGUCCUGACGUUUGCGUCGUCGUCGUCCAGCAGAAAAAACUCCAGCUGUGAUGAACCUCGUUGCUGAUCUAAUGCCUUAAGGGAAUCAUUUCAUCUGUUCAGUUCCAGUUGUGUUUACCUGACAUGGUUAGAGGUGUUUUGUGCCAUAAUUAACACCAACGCACUGUGACUCUGGCUGAAUAGCUUCCUGUUUUGUGCUAAUGUAGCUCUUUUCCUGGAAACCUGUAACAAUGGCUGCAUGAGACACAAUGCAGUUUCUUUUUACCUGCUAAAUAAACAGGAUUAACAUGACCUCCUUGGUUCAAUUAUAUUGUCAAAUUUUGCUGUUAUGACUCUUUGCUGCCAGUAGAGGGCAGUAUAUUCCAAACAUACCAGACAAUGUGCUGUUUCCCUUUAAAUGUCUUAUAUUCGGUCUUGCUUGAAUAUUUCUCAGAUAUCUAAAUAAACAAAUAUUGUUUACA